GAAGUUUGUUUCUCCCUGCUCCAGGGAACACAAUCGAUGCCGAUGUGGGCUCGCUAGAUCACUGUGUGUUGGAAGGCCGUGUAUUAUUGUGAGCAUUUUGUUUUCAGCGCCAGUUGCAUUUAGCUAGUAGUUUAAUUGUUUUGCUGAGCAUUCUCCUUCAAUUUGUUCUUAACCGUAUUGUGUCUGUUUUAAGUGGGUUAGAUUCACAAUUUCUGCAUGCUAUAGUGGUAUAGUAAUAUUUUAUAGUUUAUAUUUUUGUCCCUUUUUGUUUUCAAGGAUUUUUCGCCCCAUACAGAGGAUCGUCUUCAAAAAGACGAACGUUCCCACUCCAGCGCCGUGUUGGUGUUAUUACACUCACAACUUCUGCUGUCUAAAACGGAAAACCAUUUCCACGGUGCCGACUAGACAGCAGAAAAAGACGAAUUGAAUGUAGCAGGACUGGGGGAGAAAAGAAUCUCCUUUCAAGGUUGUGACAGCAGCUGUGAAGGAUUCAGAAGCCAGUUAUUCAAAUCUUAUCCCAAACUGAGUGAAGGUGGUGGAUUUGAACAAAUGAAGAUUUCAGGAUCUACGAGAAGCCGGAUCUAGGCUGUUAUUCCUUGCCCUAAUGAGGGGUACUCAGCAAAAUAUUUAAGGGACCCAGAAACCCAAAUUGUCUGCUGCAAUUCAUUUUGUAGGUUCCUGGACUGUCCUUAUCCACUGGGCCCCUGAUGAAGUGCCUCUUUUGUGAGAGACUUUUCUUUCUCAGAAAUAGUCACAGUGACAGCUGUAGCAGCAGUGAAGAAGACAAAAGCAUUAUACUGCAAUUGGCAUUAAGCUGGGAUCUUCCAGGGGUGACAGAAGAAAAUCGGCAUUGGCUAAUGGACAAACUCCUCCUUCACGCUAUGAUCCUUGAAAGAAUCACCUGGCCCACACUGAAUGUGGAGGAAGAUGAUGAUGAGGAUGACUGUUCUCUUGAGACUAAAUGCCGUAUCACAGGUGUAAGAAAGAGCGGUGUCGCCUUUAAGAAAUGGCAACGCCAUUUGAAAGACUACGCAACCCAGGAACCUUAGCACUAAUGGGCAAGGCGGGGUUUCUGGGUAUAAAGGGAAGUGGAGCAGGACAGCAGGGGGUGAUUUUGGGGAGCACCGCCGGUUUGUCCUGCUGAAUAGUUCCCAGAAGGUUGAGAGUGCAUUACGUAGUAUUGUAAGGUAAAGUGAACGUUUGGUUUCUUUUUUGAACAAGAGUUGUGUUUUGUUUAUACCGUGAGCGUUUUCCUCUUGGUGAGGUAGUCUUUUGUUUUGACAAAGUUUAAUUUAUUUUAUGAAACGUUGGUAGAUAAACGCUGCCUCUCGGUAGUUAAUUUAAAACAGUUCCGCAGUUUUCGUGACGAUUGGGAACCGUCACAACUGCCGUCUAUUUGUGUAUGUGUGUUUGACUCGGGACUCGGAGGGAAAGCGCGUAUUCAUGCGCUGCAGGAACAGCGGGCUGUAACAGAGAGAACUGAGGCAGCAGUCUGGUUUUCUGGACGUGCUUUAUUGUGACACACAUGAACAACAGUACCCACAGGUGGUGUGGACAGUAUGGAUAUUGUGCUUGAACUCGGAGACACUCCCGUGUUUCCGUGAACGACUGGGACGUCAGCUGCAGGGGUCCUUCCCCACAGCCUGGAUACAAUUCUUUAUCAACAGAGCCCUUCUUCUGGGAGGGCCCAUUCCAUACUUGCUUACGCUUACCUGUGUUACAGCAAGACUCCAGCAGAGGGAGUCUGCGCUAUCCUUGCCUGUGUUGCAGAGAUACUCCAGCAGAGGGUAUCUUCUUUGUUCUUACCUGUGUUGCAGAGAUACUCCAGCAGAGGGUGUCUUCUUUGUCCUUACCUGUGUUGCAGAGAUACUCCAGCAGAGGGUGUCUUCUUUGUUCUUACCUGUGUUGCAGCAAGACUCCAGCAGAGGGAGUCUGCGCUAUCCUUACCUGUGUUGCAGAGACACUCCAGCAGAGGGUGUCUUCUUUGUUCUUACCUGUGUUGCAGCAAGAUUCCAGCAGAGGGAGUCUGCGCUAUCCUUACCUGUGUUGCAGAGAGACUCCAGCAGAGGGAGUCUGUUCCACCCUUACCAGUGUUGCAGAAAUACUCCAGCAGGGGGAAGCCACUUCUGACUUGGAAUACAAAGCUACCCCGGCAGGGAAAGCCUACAUUGAACUUACCAGCGUACAGGACUACUCCAGCGGAGGGAGGUGGCCUGUACGUAACUGUGGACUGACCCACCUGGGUCGAAGGAUCCUUCCUGACACUUACCAGGCUCCUCAGCUAGAGUUUCCUGCUAAGUUCAUCCCAGUGGACUCAAUUCCACGGGGAAAGGACUUGCACAGGCCUCGGCCUGUAGAACUCGGUAUUCUGAAAUAGUUAGAGAGGGGCAAAGAAGUGAGCCAGUUAGUGACCCGUACAGGGCAAUAAUCUAUACAAAGAAAGUGUUGACUUGUGUAAAUAUUGUAAAUAAAAGUUAGUUGCCUGAACGUUCUUCGUGUCUGUGCCAGUCGGUGGAAGCAGUAAUAGAGUAUCACGCAGGGGUACUCUAACGGUUUGUUACACUGGCUUCUUCAGGACAUUCAUGGAAACGGUAUAAUUUAAUCUAUUAAUCAUCGCCAUGUAUAAUUUUAUUUUAACCAUCCAACUCAUUCUUACCUUAUAUGAGAAGGGACAACUUCUUAUUCUUCAUCACUCAAAACAGCAUUGGCCACCACUUCAUAUGUAAUAUAAUAAAAAAGAGGCCGUGGAGAGGGGGGGGCGUGACUAUGACUAAACGGGCAGUUCUGUAAAUAGAAAAAGCUAAAUACAUAAAUGUUAAACUCAUUCUUAAAAGUCAGGAGUAUGUAUGUUAUGUGUGUUAGGCGCCCGUGAUAACCACUACACUACCUAUUCUGCGUCGUUCUGUUUUCAGUCAGUAUGUUUUAUCUAAAACUCAACUAUUUGAAAGUUGAACAGCAAAUUAACGCUAUUACAACUAUAUGGGAUAAACAGACAUAUGGCUUCCCAUUGAAAAAUAUAGACUAUUGAAGUGAUGAUACGCCUGUACUUAGAAAAUGAACUAAACACGUGCAUCACCAUCGACCUGUAGCACUUGCUGUGCUCAGUGCUUGAGCGCUGUCUUCCGUGAAGUUUCCGUAGUGUAGUGGUUAUCAGUUGUUGCACGGUCGCCCGAGGGAGCUCCCUCUGCGAGCGGACCUGUUGUCCCAAGCCCAAGGAGGGCUAUGGCAUCCGAACCCCAAGCUCAUGCAGCUAUGGGCUUGGCCCCUGAGCGGGAGCGCCUGUCAGCCUUAGGGCUUUCGACGGCGGUUAUAUCGACCAUUCAAAGUGCGAGGGCGCCCUCCACUCGGUCGCAAUAUACGUAUAAGUGGCAAUUAUUUCAGAGUUGGUGUCUGGCUGAGGGCCAUGACCCGGUCUCCUGCCCUAUGGCAGUGAUAUUACAGUUUCUGCAGAAGCUGUUAGACGAGGGUAAGUCUCCCUCUACACUUAAAGUGUAUUUGGCCGCUAUUUCGGCUUGCCACGUACGCAUUGACGGGUUAUCACCUGGUUGCCAUUUUUUGGCAUCUCAGUUUCUGAAAGGCGCAAGGCGCUUGCGGCCUCCAAGAACGACCAGUUUACCGUCGUGGAGCCUUGAUGUGGUGCUGGAAGCCCUUGCCAAGGCGCCGUUUGAGCCUCUCCACAGCGUGGAUAUGAAGCUCAUAUCUAUUAAGACUGCGUUUUUGCUGGCUGUGGUAUCAGCAAAACGCGUGAGCGAGUUACAUGCACUGUCAGUGCAUCCUUCUUGUACUCGUUUUGCAGGAGACGGUUCUAAGGUCUCCAUGCGCCCUAAUCCGGCCUUUUUACCAAAGGUUAUAUCCCCGUUCCACAUGAACCAGUCAGUCGAGUUGAUGGCGUUCCAUCCUCCUUUUUCUUCCCCAGAGGAAGAGCGGUUACACAUGCUCUGCCCUGUGAGGGCAUUGAGGUGUUAUAUUGACCGCACAAGGACUGUGAGGCAGACAGAACAGUUGUUCAUAUGCCAUGGUUCUAGAUCUUUGGGUCAGCCGCUGUCUAAACAGCGCCUUUCCCACUGGAUAGUGGAUGCUAUUAAAUUAGCGUAUGAAUCUGCAGGCCUUCCUCCACCAGGGCAGUUGAAGGCGCAUUCUACCAGGGGUAUGGCGACAUCCUGGGCCCUCUUUCGAGGGGUGCCGGUGUCUGAUAUUUGCGCGGCAGCCAGUUGGGCUACGCCGCAUACUUUCAUGAGGUUUUACAGGCUAAAUGUGCUGGAAUCCUCUGCUCCGUCAUUUGGAGCAUCUGUGUUGCACUCUAUGACGCCUCAGGUUGCGGACGUCUAGAGUAGGUACAAUAUGGUGUGACUAUUCCACCUUGGGACAGGUGUCAUUGCGAGCAUAGACGCUGAGGCGCAGCUCCGCAUAUGUGUAGAUGUACUGCCUACGCAGUUGCGUUAUGACGUAAGUCUGUCCUACUGCCGAGAAUCCUCCCUCGCGACGGCUUGGGUACACUGUUCCCAUACCUUGAUGGUUAUUUUCGACUUGAAAGGGAACGAUAGGUUGCGGAUGCAACCCCGGUUCCCUGAAAGAGAAAAUAACCAUCAAGCCGCGAGGUCGCUCUGGAGGCCUUCACGGCCUGAAGGGCAAAAGAGGAAGUGACUCUCCGCGCGCUGCGUAUAGUAAGCUCCCAAGGGGGCGGGCUUACACGGCAGCUUGCGCGGAGGCCUAUCGGCAGCUUUGACAUAAAGCUCAGCCAAUCCCUACUGCCUGACGGCAAUGUCCCAUACCUUGAUGGUUAUUUUCUCUUUCAGGGAACCGGGGUUGCAUCCGCAACCUAUCGUUUUCAACGACGGUAGAUUAUUGAAUCUUGAAGUCUUUUGGUUUAUUUCGAAAUACAAUCAUCUGAAGGUAAAAAUGUUAUUACAGUAUUAUUUUAAUUCUCACUAGUACGGUACCUAUAGUCACCAAUAAUUAAAAAAUGCCAAUAAUAUAUGUUCGUAUUACAAAUGUCAGCUGUAGAAAUGCGCGGAUAGUAAACUAAAUAUUUUGUAAUAUUAUCAAUAAAAAUACACGAUUGACAUUUUUACAAUCGGUGUCAGUUCUGAGUGUUAAAAAAUGUAAUAUUUACAACAGCUAGAAACUUGUUUGAGAGACUGUUUUAUCUAAAGCGCAAUUAUAUUUAAUACAGUUGUCCGUUAUAAUGGUACUGUAAUACUUGUAUCCGGGACAACAGAAAAUGCACGUAUCGCAAACUGCAAUAUACAGUACAUUAUCUGUAUGUAUUCAAAUUUCAAUGUAUUUGAAAUUCAUGGUUUCUGAAAUUCAUUAAAGGUGUCCUUAGUGUAGUGGUGAUCACGUUUGCCUAACACGUGGAAGGUCCCUUGUUCACAAACAUCCCACCUUUCUCAGCCUAGGACCAGGGAGCGUUUUCAAGGCCUCGUUAGCGCAGUAGGUAGCGCGUCAGUCUCAUAAUCUGAAGGUCGUGAGUUCGAUCCUCACACGGGGCAGCACUUUUAUUAUUGGUUAGUUAUUUAAAAAUAAAUACCAAAAAUGUGAAAUGCUGUCAGAACGUUGUUCAUGGUCGUAAAUACUUAGAUGUCCUUAUUGUUUUAAAACUGAGUAUCAACAAAGCAUCUGGACAAAUGUGGAACUGCUGCCAUUUGUAUGUGAGCACAGGAACAGACAUUAACAUAUACGCGCUUAUACUAUAAAACGUAUCGGGGCUAUAUUAUAUAUUAAAGUCUUGUUCUUUCAUUUAUGCAAUAAAUUAAAUAAAAAAAUGCUUUGCAGAACGAGUUCAAUAUAAUGUACUCCCUUCACUCAAGCAAGGUGCUAGUAAGAUACUAUAUGAAUAGGGGAGGUUGACACCAUGUGUUUCCGUAGUGUAGUGGUUAUCACGUUCGCCUAACACGCGAAAGGUCCCCGGUUCGAGACCGGGCGGAAACAUUAAUUUUUGUAAUUUAUUUUAAAAUAACAACCCAUUACAAAUAUAUUUAUUUUUUAUACGUCUUAGAUUAUACGGCACGUAUCGCAAAUUGCACACUACAGUACAAUUCUUAUUGUCUAUUUGUAGGUGAUUGUGGUUGAUAAGUGGGUUCCAUGUCUUUCCGGCGCCUCCUUAAGACUCGCCUCUUCAAACAGCACCUGUAGAACUCCUCUGUAUCCUGGGACACUAUCACCCUUCAUGUAAAUGUGCUUUAUUUUGCUCUUAUCUGCCCCCUAUUUUACUGCAUUUAAUCCUGUACUUCAGAAUACUGUAAUCUGCCAAGUGUUUAACCUGUAGUACUUUGUAUUUAAUCACAUCCUGAUGUAACUAUCACUAUUUAAUCAUAUCCUGAUUAACUAUCACUAUUAUCUGCUGUAUUAUUGAAUUGUGGUUUGUCACACUUGUACUUUGCUUGAACAAAAGUUAUUGUAUUUCUUGCUCUUAUUGUAUUACUUGAAUUGUAACACUUGAAAUGUAUUUGCUUACGAUUGUAAGUCAACCUGGAUAAUGGCGUCUGCUAAGAAAUAAAUAAUAAUAAUAAUAAUAAUAAUAAUAAUAAUAAUAAUAAUAAUAAUAAUAAUAAUAAUAAUAAUAAUAAUAAUAAUAAUAAUGUCUUACUAAAUGUUUCUGUAGUGUAGUGGUUAUCACGUUCGCUUCACACGCGAAAAGUUCCCGGUUGGAAACACGUGUGUAUUUUUAUUAUUAUUAUUAUUUUUUUAAUCAGUUAUAUUUAUUAGACGUGGCAGCAUUUUUGUAACAGCAUGGCUGAUGGUUGCAUUUAUUUGAGUACUGUACAAAUAAUGCACUGUAUAUUGCAGUUUGCGAUAUAUGCAAUAUGAUCUAAGAAGUAUAAAAAAAAUGUAUUUGUAACGGAUUGUUAUUUUAAAUAAAUAAUAAAAAAAAAAUGUUACCAACCGGGGACCUUUUGUGUGUUAGGCGAACGUGAUAACCACUACACUACGGAAGGACGUCUUGUGACACGGUCCACUAUUCAUACAGUAGCUUACUAACAUAUAUAGUUUUUAUUUAACACCAUAAAUAAUACAAGCCCUUAAUAUAUAAUAUAGCCC